CGGUUUCUUUGACUUUUCUUCCAUUUAACACUCUCUCGUCCUAUAAAUGUUUUCACAAUUAUUAAAGCCGCCAACCUCAUACAUACGGAAACAUGGCGGCUUAUGAAGGAUGGCCAUUGGUGAUGGAAAUGGAACGAGAAGAAGAUUUCGAAGAGGCCAGCGGUAGCGGUUGUGGGUGUGGAUGCUUUCGCUGGAAAUGGUGGCCAGGCCAUGAGGAAGAAGGUAAACUCUUACUUGAUCAAAAGGGUGAAGGAGAGUCAUGGGUGGUAGACAAAUUGAAGAAGGUGAAGGAGGUUUCAGAAGUGAUUGCUGGUCCCAAGUGGAAAACUUUUAUUAGAAAGAUAAGUGGGUAUGGCAAGAAGCAACAAAGGAACAGGUUCAUGUAUGAUGAACACAGCUAUGCUCUCAACUUCAAUAGUGGGGCUCAGAGUGAGGAUGAAGGCAUGCCUCACAGUUUCUCCUCAAGGUUUGCUGCUCCUGGACGUCGCCAAUAUGAAGAAUCAUGA